CGCACGUCGAAACGCUGCCAUCUUCAGCUGGAACACGCCCGACAAUGGCGCAUACCAUCUUGCGCUUCCCCAAGCCGAGGAGUCUCCUACAUUUCAUCUCACUCCGAACCGCCGCCGAGUUCAUCAAUCUAACCCUCAUAUUCAACAAGGUCACCGGACUCUAUGGCGUCCUUGCUAUCUUCACGGGCUACCACCUGAAUCCGCUCCAGGUCUCGCACUACAUCUACUCGCUCCUCGUUCUUGGCUUGGUCACAUGGCUCAUGCCCAGUAUUAGGAGGCCGGACCACCCAUUGCGGAAUGUGGCAUUGGCUUAUGUAUAUGUGCUGGACGCAGUCAUCAACAGCGUCUAUACUGUGCUGUUCGGCACAGCGUGGUUCAUGGUCCUGCCCAAGACCAUUCAAGAGCCUGGAGUGGAAAAUCCUUUGCGGGGUGCGGCAGGCACCAUGGAUGAGACAGCAGGCUUCACGGACCCCGAAUACAACGUGUCGAAUGUCGAGGUGGUUGCGAAGCCGGCAUCGGGAAUCCUGCCCGCACAAGAAGCUGUGGCAUACGGACACACGUACGAGACAGGAGGCCUCGGCGGCGCAGUCCUGCAAAGCGACAGCAUGACCAGCAUCGCGCUGCUCGCACUCUUCACACUCGUCAGAAUCUACUUCUGCAUCGUAAUCAUGUCAUAUGCGCGAUCCAUGCUACGACAGUACGUCGCGCAAACGAGCAACAGCAAUCUUAAUUACAGCACAGACACUGCCGACCCAACAAUGGCACCUUCGCCCUUCGCAUCAGAUCGAUUGGAAGGCUCAGGCUGGCGAGGCAAGCUCGGCAGAAUUCUGCUCAGAUUCCCGAGCAAGAGAUACUGGCUCGGUCGAGAAGACGAACCUCCGACCGAGUGGGAGCGCGCGACAAGCGGCCGCUUCGAGAGUGGAAGGAGUAAGCUUCGAAUUAAAGUUCCGGCAAAUGGCGUUGGAGAGCGCGAAAGGAGGGCGAGAAGUGGAACUGGACCACCUCUUCCCAAGAAGGCUGAUGCGUGA